CCGGUUUCGUUUUGAUUUCUUCAGGUUGUGAUAAAAAUAUUGAUGAUUAAUGAAGGUUUUAAGUAAUGACGAUUAAUUCAAAGAUUUCUAGUUUUGAUGGCUGGAUAUUUUAGAAAAGCUACAAUGGUAGAAGGCAUUGGUGAUGAAUUGAUAUAUGCAUUAAUUGUUCUUCUUGCUCUAAUAGUACCACUGGUCAUGUACCUGAUCAGAUUAAGUCAUAGACAAGGUUUAUUGAGCAUUCAUCCAGACAGUGCUGCCAGUGUCACUGCUACAAGGGAGGUAAUUGGACAUGAUCACCCACAUCAACAACAGCCAAGACGUAAUGCAAAUGAUGGGAGUGCUACCUGUCCAAUCUGUCUUAAUAAUGCUGAGUAUGGAGUAGAAACAAAUUGUGGCCAUUGUUUCUGUGGUCGUUGUAUAGUAACUUAUUGGCAGCAUGGUAGUAGAUGGUUGGGAGCUAUAGCUUGUCCUGUCUGUAGGCAGCAGGUAACACUUCUGCUGGUGAAUUUUACACCAGAAGAAAUUAAUAACCAAACAGAAGAAAAGAGAAAUGUUUCAACAAGAGUUAAUGAAUAUAACAGACGAUUUUCUGGUGCUCCUCGCCCUCUGAUGGACUAUAUAAGAGACCUGCCAACAUUACUUAGACAUACUUACAAUGAAUUUUUCACAGUUGGAGGAUUAAUUUGGAUGUUUCGUUUACGUGUGAUUGUGUGUUUUCUUGCUGCCUUACUUUAUUUUAUUUCACCGUUAGACAUAAUACCAGAAGCUGUGUUUGGUGUCUUAGGAUUUCUUGAUGAUUUCUUCAUUAUUUUAUUGCUAGCUAUUUAUGUGACAUUGAUAUAUCGACAGUUUGUUCAGAAUAGAGCAGCAGGGGUGAACUAAAAUUGCAAUGGAAGGGAGAUAACUAGGAAUAUUUUUACCAAUCCUGUAUUUUUGUAAAGCAAAAUAUUGUCCUAUGAAACAUUGUCCACCAAGACAAUACUUCAUGAUUAUAUAUCAUGAUAUUUUGUCCGUAUCUAUGAAAAAAAAGAAAUAUGAAAUUUUGUCUAUUUUGGAAAAUAUUUCAUAGAUUGAUAGAUCAAAGUAAUGAAAUUUUGUCUCAUUAAGGGGAGGUAAUCCAGAGUUAUAUUUUGUGUAAAAAUAUUUUUGGAAAAUGAUAUGAUAAAGUGUUUUAUUUUAUUGAUAAUAACAGACAUAUAUUAUAAGUGAUUGUCAGUACAUUACUUAUACAAGGAAUUUAAACAGUGUAAUAUGGUACUAUUAACACAUUUGACUUUAAUAAUCAUUUAUAAAUGCAAAUUUUUAAAUUAGCUUCUGAUAAAAUAUGUUUGUUUGAUAUAUAUAUAGAAUACUUGCCUUUCAGUUAUGAAUAUAAAAAUGUGCAUACUUCAUGCUUGUGUACUAUAGAUGAGAAUUUUUUGAUGUAGCCUUUCAAGUGUACACACAUACUUUUUAAAAACAAUAUCUCAAAGAUUCCAGAAAUACUCUUUUAAUUUCAUGGAGAAGAUUCCUCAGGGAAGACUUAAUUUUAUAAGAAAUAUUUUCAUGGGCACAUUUAAAUAUUAUUGUCAGGGACAUUAUUUUUCCGAGAAAAAUUGACCCAAAGAACCUGACACAAUUUUAUAAAGAGGGACACUAUUUCAUAAUGAAAUAUUGUCCUGGACAAUAUUUCAUUAUAAAAUAUUGUAUGCAGACAUUAUUUUCUAUGAAAUUUUAUCUGGCAGACAAUAUUUCAUGGGGGACAUUAUUUUAUGUUACAUUUUUCCCUCCUGUAUUUAAAAAAAAUAUCAGAAUGCACAAUCUUAGGAGGAAAAUCACUUUAAUAUAUACUCCUUGUUUUUUUCCUUUUUUCUCAUUUGCUGAUUCCCACAAUGGCUUACAAAAUUAUUUUAAACUUUUAUCUCUUUUUAGGUUGGUCCCUGACUUAUGCGCUAAAUAUACUUUAUGACACACAAAAAUUCCUUGAACAACAUUGGAAGUCUUUUUAUUCACACUUUGUUUUAUUCUUUUUAUAUUUCUUGUUAUCUGUACUUCAUUAAUCAAAGACAUAUGAGGGUCUGGAUGGGGAGACCUUCAUUUCUUUAUUCUUUAACUUUUUAGAACAUUUUCUCUAUUCUUUAUAUUUAAGUACCCCAUUAUAUUCUCUAUUUUUUUGCCUAUUUUUCUAUAUUUUUUAUAAAUUUUGCCUUUCAUUUUGAACUAUUUGCCAUUAUUUUCUAUUCUGUAAACCCUAUCCAGACCCUAACAUAUCUUGACGUUAAAAGCUAAAUCUGAUAUGGAUAUCAGGAUCUAGGUGUGAAAUGGCACGUUUAAGUAAUUUAAAUUUGCAGAAGCCAAAUAAAUGGUGAAUGAAUAAUAGAAUUAUAUGCUAUUCAUAUCUAUGAAAUAUCCCCUCUCAAAAAGAUUAAGAUAAAAAGAAACCAAACAAAUUACAUUGUCCUGAUAGUUAUGUUCAACUUAUCCUAUUUUCCACGUUAUGUAAUUCUUUAUUUGUUAUUAAUAUUUAAAUAUGUCAUAUAUUUGAUAUUGUAUUAUUUUCAUUGCUCAAUAUUAGUCUUUGUCCUGUUUUAUUUGUCAAAGGGAGGUAACCAUGUCAGUCUUACUAUUCAUUAUUUAUAAAGGUAAAUUUUAAGCAUCGCAACUCCAAAAUUGCAAGCAGGAAAUUUCUUUUUAUAGUAUUGAAAAGUAAAAAGAUACAGAAAUGGGUAUUUAGGAUGGAUGUACUGAAGAUACCAUCCCAUGGUCUGAUGAAAGAAGUAAUUAAUCUUAAUCAUAAUAUCAUUUUUUAGUAUUUUGGUACUUCAUUUGUUUUUUUGUUGUUUAAAUGUAUCAUAGGUGAACUUAUAUUUGUAUUGCCUUUAGCUUGAUUGGUCCAAAAGGCAAAUGUUGGCUGUUGCCAUUUUUUGGCAUAUGUCACUACCCUUUAGACAGUAAAAAUUACACAUUUUCAUAAUUUUAUCUGACACCAUUAUGCCAAUUUGCACCAAACUAUUGGAACAGUCCUUGAACUUCCACUAUCAAAGCCAUAUUCUUCAGACUGGACUGUCAUUCAGGAUGGCUACCAGAUUAUCUGUUGGCCUUUAAAUUUCAUGUCUGAAUCUUUUUGACAAUAUAGAAUUAAACUUUCUUUGAAAAGUCCUAGAAUAGUCCACAUUCAAAAUCACAAAAGUCAGUUUUUCUUCUCAUAGUAGAUGCCAGAUAUAGCAUCUGCUUGACUAAGAUAAGUUAUUUUUGAUCCAUGUAUUCCCAUCUUAUUAAAUAUUAUACAAUAUACAGUAAUAUUGUAUGUCUUUCACACUUUUAUAUAUGUAAUAUA